CUCACAUGUCAGCUAACGUGAUUUUUCCAUAAUUUCUCUCCCAUAUUUUCCCAGGCCCCUCCGUGUUUCAUUUACCUCAUCGAACCUGGAUUUUCCCCAUGAUAGAGACGCUCUUCAGGCUUUUGCUCUUGCUGCAAUGAACAAACAUCCAAAGCCUCCCUUGUUUCUACUUUUGUUCAUAAUCCUGUUUUCUCAAUCUGUUUUGUCUGUUGAUUUUAUCUUCAAUGGCUUCAAUUCAGCUAAUCUUUCCCUUUAUGGUAUUGCCGGUAUAGAUUCUAGAAUACUUACACUCACCAAUGAGACAGAUUUUGUCGUUGGUCGAGCUCUGUACAGACCAAAAAUCCCAACAAAGACUCCAAAUUCUUCUCAUGUCCUUCCUUUUUCUACUUCUUUUAUCUUCUCUCUGGCUCCUUCCAGGAACAAGGAUAUUCUUCCAGGACACGGCCUAGUUUUUCUUUUUACACCGAAUACUGGCAUCAGUGGGACAAGCUCAUCCCAACAUCUAGGCCUUUUCAACCUCACCAACAACGGCAAUCAAAGCAAUCAUGUCUUUGGUGUCGAAUUCGAUGUUUUUGCUAACCAAGAAUUCGGUGACAUAGAUGACAACCAUGUGGGAAUUGACCUUAACUCCCUCACGUCCACAAGCUCCCACACGGCUGGUUAUUGGCCUGACUACAUGGAAAGCAGCAGCAACAGCAAUGAUAGUGAUGACGAGGAGAAGGGCUUUAAGGAAUUGAAGCUAAAUAAUGGUAAGAACUACCAAGUUUGGAUUGACUAUGCAGAUUCUGUUAUUAAUGUUACUAUGGGCCCGGUAGGAGUAGAAAGGCCCAAGCGUCCUUUGUUAAAUGUUUCUUUGAAUUUAUCUGAUGUUUUUGAGGAUGAAAUGUAUGUUGGAUUCACUUCAGCAACUGGAAGAUUGGUUCAAAGUCAUAGAAUUUUGGCUUGGAGUUUUAGUAACUCAAAUUUUUCAUUAAGUGAAAGUUUGAUCACCACCGGUUUACCGUCGUUCGCUAUUCCGAAGACUCCAUUUUAUAAGCAUAAAUCGUUUAUUGCAGGAGUAACGGUGGGAAGUUUUUUCAUUCUUGUUUUUAUUGCUCUGUUUGCUCUGUUUUUGGUUAAGAGGGAAAGGAGGAGAGCAAGGGAGAGAGCGGAAAUGGAAGACUGGGAAUUUGAGUAUUGGCCACAUAAGAUGACAUAUCAAGAAAUCGAUGCAGCAACUAAAGGAUUUUCGGAGAAAAAUGUGAUUGGAUUUGGAGGAAAUGGAAAGGUCUACAAGGGUGUUUUACCGGGAGGGACAGAGAUUGCUGUAAAGUGCAUUUCACAUACAAAUGAUGGAAUGAGAGAAUUCUUGGCAGAGAUUUCGAGUCUUGGGCGGCUAAAGCACAGGAGGUUGGUGGUUUUGAAAGGUUGGUGCAAGAAAGAAAAAGGGACAUUCAUGUUGAUCUAUGAUUAUAUGGAGAAUGGAAGUUUGGACAAGAGGGUUUAUCAUGACUGUCAUGAGAGCAAGAUGUUGAGUUGUGAAGACAGAAUUAGAAUCUUGAAGGAUGUCUCAUCGGCUGUGUUAUACUUACAUGAGGGAUGGGAAUCUAAGGUUCUACACAGGGACAUUAAGGCCAGCAAUGUGUUGCUUGAUAGGGAUAUGAAUGGAAGAUUAGGGGAUUUCGGAUUAGCCCGGAUGCAUGGUCAUGGCCAAGAGGCUAGCACAACGCGUGUGGUUGGAACUGUGGGUUACAUGGCCCCCGAGGUGGUUAAGAAUGGACGAGCAACAACACAAACUGAUGUAUUCGGAUUCGGGGUCUUAAUUUUGGAGGUCAUGUGUGGCAGGAGGCCUAUAGAGGAAGGGAAACCACCUUUGGUGGACUGGGUAUGGCAGUUGAUGGUGCAAGGGGAAUUACUUUCUGCAGUAGAUGCACGGUUGAGGGCUAGUGGAGGAUUUGACGAGGAGGAGGUGGAGAAGGUGAUGCAUUUAGGCUUGCUGUGCUCAUAUCCUAAUCCAAAUUCCAGGCCAACCAUGAGGCAAGUAGUGAAAGUCUUGGAAGGAAAGAAUGAGCCCUGUGAUUCAGAAACUGAGGAUAUGGAAGCAUAUUUGCUGCAAAAGGUGAAAUCCAGGGAUAUGUGGGCUAAUUACUCACAAAAUUUUGGCUAUUCAUCACACCCCACAUUCGAUGAUAUACGACGGUUACAUUCCUCAUCCAUGUCUCUCUCUUGGACCAUUAGCAUAGUGGAUGGUAGAUAAUCCUGCAUCAUUUCUAAAAUGAGAGGGACUUUUGCUUGAAUUGAUAUUGGUAAUGGUGCACCUUGGAUAGCAGAUUUGGACAAUAAUGAAGCAUGCUCAGGAAGGACCGCAAGAUGAAAGAACAUCAAAAUCAUUAGGUUGGGAGGGGCUUUUCUUCAUGCCCAGUUGCAGUAUUCUUUUGUAUUCUUUCAUAUCAGUUGAGGUUGGCUUUAUAGAAGAUUUUUUUUUUUCUGUUAAAUUUGUAAAAGCUGGGCAUGUCAUUGUACAUAUAUAUGUAUGUUAAAGUUUAAACCCACAGUUUGAUGAUUAAAGGAUGAGUUUAAGUCAUGAUGUCA